AUGUUAUUCCGCCGCCGCCGCCCCACAUUUGUGGACCCCUCCCAUAAAUAUCCCCUCAUCCACACCAAGCCAGACCGAGGCACUAGCGUGUUGGAUCGUGAAUGGACGUAUACGCACAUGUGCCACAGCCACUGCGCCCAUAUCGCAUUCGGCUCACUCAUACACUUGGAAGAUUCAUCCUCCUGCCAUCAGUUCCACAUUGGGCGAAUUUCGGAAGUAGUGGCGCAAUACAAGAACGUCCUCAUCGUCAAUGUCACUACAUUUAACCAUGAUGCUAGGGAUCCAUAUAACCCGCCACCUGUCCGCCUUACCCUGCCUACUGGCAUCAUUUCCCUUCCCAAACACCUUCGCUUUAUACGCUGGUGCAAGAAGCGUACUAAUCGCCUCCCAGCAUAUGAGAUCAAGCCGCUCAUGCAGUCUCUUAAGGACCUGAGUCAGUUGUUUGAGGGAAAUGAGAGUUUUGAGAACAGCAGAGUUGAUCUUGGAGGUGCAUUUUUGGUACGAAAUUCUCAGGACCGCUACCAAGAUGAUCUAUUGAGACAUGUUAGGAAUUUAGACCCAUUGUCUGACUCUAGCUUGACACACACAUCCCUUUUCUCAGCUACUAGCUAA